AUGGCAGCUCCUUGCGUUACAGCAGCCGAGAUGCUGCCUCGAUUCCUUCUUCCACGCCUCAGCUGGGCACCCCACUCAGUCUCACAAGCAGCUCGGCCGUUCGCCUCGAUCCCUUCUGCCGAUAAACGACGGUCUUUUACAUCCUUUCAGGCUGGCCCUGUUCUCCAACGGCAAUCUCCUCGAAUCGUUAGCCCUGUUACCAGAAGGGCUUUCCACGUAACAGCCCUUAGGCAACGAGACCACCACUUUGAUACACUCAAGUUUGUGAAGCGGUUACAGGGUGAAGGGUUUACGGAGGAGCAAUCGGUUGCUAUGAUGAAGGUGCUGAACGACGCUAUUGAGGAGAGCAUCCAAAAUCUUACACGGACAAUGGUCCUCCGCGAAGACGCCGCCAAAGCAACAUACACCCAAAAGGUCGAUUUUGCCAAGCUACGUUCCGAGAUUCUCUCAGCCGACUCGACCGAAUUCAACACAACACGCAACACGCACGAACGAGUAACCAAUGACAUCGCCAAGCUGAGCAACCGCCUUCGGGACGAGAUCAGCCGCACGCAGGCCAGCGUCCGCCUCGACCUUAGCCUGGAGAAGGGCCGUAUCAGAGAGGAGGCUGUGGGGCAGGAGCUCAAGAUCAAGGAGACAGAAGCAAAGAUUGAGCAGGAGGUUGCAGCUCUGCGGGAGAAGCUGGAGCAGGUCAAGUUCCAAUCGCUGCAGUGGCUGAUGGGUGUGUGCACAGGUUUCGCGGCGUUGUUGCUUGGUGCUUGGCGAUUGCUUAUGUAA